AUGGUGGAUUGCUGCGAAAAGCCGGCCAGGGAGCUUGCCAGCAGGAGGAACAGGAUGUUUUUCAUACGUCGGUGUUUGACUAGUAAAUAUAGCAAAAAAGCCGUCACGGAUACCCUAAUACGCGACGACCAUUUGGAGAUGCCAUACGCUCACGGAAUCCGUGUUUGUUUCUUCUUUUACGUUGGGAUGGUUGGAAGGUCCGUUUCAUGA